AUGGCUUCUUCACACCACAUAGUUCUUGUUGUGUUCUUCACUCUCUUUAAAUUUUGUUUAUGCAGAAAUUCAUUUAGUAAUACAACUUUAGCUGGAUUCGCACCUGCUACUGCAACAUGGUACGGUCCACCCAAUGGACAUGGAACUGAUACUGGAGCUUGUGGAUUUGGAAAUGUAGGCAAUCCUCCAUACAACUCUUUAAUAGCAGCAGGAAAUCAAGCUUUAUAUCAAAAUGGCAAAGGCUGUGGACAAUGUUACCAGGUAAAAUGCAACUCAAAUCCUAUGUGUUCAGGAAAUCCAAUAAAAAUUCGUAUUACAGAUGAAUGCCCUGGUGCAUGCAACGCUGUGCCGGUUUGGUUUGACUUGAGUGGAAUAGCUUUUGGUGCGUUGGCAAAGCCGGGCCAAGAUAAUGCAUUGCGUAAUGCUGGAAAGAUUCAAAUUUCAUAUCAAAAGGUAGGAUGUUAGGAUGAAAAUCAAUGUUCAAGGAUGAUUCAACCUCAAC